AUGAAAAGAGAUUAUGACAUCAAGGCCACUACCCGCCCCUUUGAGGAAGGAGAUGUUGUGUAUGUGCUGGACACUGCGACGGUGAAGGGGAAGUGUUGCAAGCGUAGGCUGUCCUGGAAGGGCCUGGGUAUCAUAGUCAAAAAGCUGACCCCCCACCUGUACCAAGUAAAGACCAAGUCGGCAGUCAUGGUGGCAAAUCACGACCGCUUGAAGAAGUGUGUUGACAGGGACAUCCCCUCAUGGCUCAUUCGGUUUAGGGAGAACUUUGAGAACUCUGAGAGUGCCAAGCAGGAGACCGGGAGCGUCUUGGCUUCCAGCCCCCCUGCAGGGGCAGCGGGUGCCUGCAAGCUUCCCGAAUCCCCCUCAGGCAGCAGCCACGCCGAGGUCGGCCCCCAAAACACUCUCCUGCUGCCAGAGGGCCUCCUGACAGUUCUCCCAAGCCCCCCCAGACAUCAGGGGCGUCCCAUGGCAUGGCAGGCGUGCCCCCUAAGGGGCCACCAUUGUGGCAUGAAGGCAGCGCUGGGGUGCCUACCGAGCAGGCCGGCGGAGACAGAGGAGACCCGAUGGCUGGCCCCCACAGCAGGAGGAGACGAUUGCCACUCUCUUCCUGCCCCUUUCCCAAUUGUGCCGAGAGGACGAACAAGUUGA